CACCGCGGCACGUCCAAACCGUAGAUUAGCAUCGUUCCGUGAACGAGCGCGAUGAUGCGUCGCGUCGCGAGCUCGAUCCUGCGCGCCCAAGCGAGGAAUGGCGUCCGCGCGUCCAACUUUCGCUUCGCCCCCUCCGCGCUCACGACGGAGGGUUUCAAGGCCCCCGACGCGAUCGCGCGCGCGUUCGGGACCUCCGCGCCCGUCGCCGCGAUGGGCGCGCAGGAGCUCUCCUCGCUCCUCGAGGAGAGGAUCUCCGGGCACUACUCCGCGCUCGACAUGGCGGAAAUUGGCCGCGUCCUAUCCGUCGGCGACGGCAUCGCGCGCGUGUACGGCCUGAACAACAUCCAGUCCGGCGAGAUGGUCGAGUUCGCCUCGGGCGUCAAGGGCAUGGCGCUCAACCUCGAAAACGACAACGUCGGCGUCGUCUGCUUCGGCUCCGACACCUCCAUCAGCGAGGGCGACAUCGUGAAGCGCACGGGCACCAUCGUCGACGUCCCGGUCGGGCGCGGCAUGCUCGGGCGCGUCGUCGACGGCCUCGGCAACGCCAUCGACGGGAAGGGCGCGCUGACGGAUGUGACGCAGCGUCGCGUCGAGAUCAAAGCGCCGGGCAUCAUCGUCCGCAAGUCCGUGCACGAGCCGAUGCAGACGGGUCUGAAGGCGGUCGACUCGCUCGUGCCCAUCGGCCGCGGGCAGCGCGAGCUCAUCAUCGGCGAUCGCCAGACGGGCAAGACGGCGAUCGCGAUCGACACGAUCAUCAACCAGAAGGGGGUGCACGACUCUGGCGCGGAAAACGAGAAGCUCUACUGCGUGUACGUCGCCGUCGGACAGAAGCGGUCCACGGUCGCGCAGCUCGUGAAGCAGCUGAAGGAUAAGGGCGCGCUGGACUAUUCCAUCAUCGUCGCCGCGACGGCGUCCGAUCCCGCGCCGCUGCAGUUCCUCGCGCCGUACGCCGCGACCGCGAUGGGGGAGUACUUCCGCGACAACGGCAUGCACGCGCUCAUCAUCUACGACGAUCUCUCGAAACAGUCCGUGGCGUACCGCCAGAUGUCGCUCCUGCUUCGCCGCCCCCCCGGUCGCGAGGCGUUCCCCGGCGACGUCUUCUACCUCCACUCGCGCCUUCUCGAGCGCUCGGCGAAGAUGUCGGACGAGGUUGGCGCCGGGUCGAUGACGGCGCUACCCGUCGUCGAGACGCAGGGCGGCGACGUCUCCGCGUACAUCCCGACCAACGUCAUCUCCAUCACGGACGGUCAGAUCUUCCUCGAGACGGAGCUCUUCUUCAAGGGCAUCCGCCCCGCGAUCAACGUCGGUCUGUCCGUGUCCCGCGUCGGGUCCGCGGCGCAGAUGAAGGCGAUGAAGCAGGUGUCGGGCUCGCUGAAGCUCGAGCUCGCGCAGUACCGAGAGGUUGCGGCUUUCGCGCAGUUCGGCUCUGACCUCGACGCGGCGACGCAGUACCUGCUCAACCGCGGGAGCAGGCUGACGGAGGUGCUGAAGCAAGGGCAGUUCGUGCCGAUGCCGAUCGAGGUGCAGGUUGUCGUCAUCUACGCCGCGACGAAGGGGUACCUCGACAAGGUGGACAUAAAAAACAUCGGGGCGUUCGAGGAGGGUUUGCUGAAGGAGGUGCCGACGUCGCUGUUGGACACGAUUCGCAACGAGAAGGUGAUCUCCGACGCGACCGACGCGAAGCUGAAGGAGCUCUGCUCGAAGUACACCGAAGGGUUCCUCGCGACGCAGUCCGCGUGAGCUCUCGAGCGGCGAGACGAGAAGACUUCCUUCGCGCGCGGCCGUCGACGGGCGAGAUAAGACGGCGCGAGAGGAGAAGAGAACCGACCGGUGGCGGCGGCGCGCGCCCGUAACCGUCGGUGAUGUAACCAGAAAAUAACCUUACCUCUGCACUUGUUAUCAAAGAGAGACACAUCUCGACU